AUCGUCUCAUUGUGCAAGAAGGGGACUGUAGUUGUGUUGUGCUGAACUAAUUGCAUUUAAUUUAUAUUUUCAAAGUUUAAGUUAACAUGGACAUCGCGGAACCCACUGUGGACAAUCCCGGCCAAAUUGUUAAAGAUGAUUUGGCGGAAAAAUGUCAGAAAUUAUUCCAGGAUUUUUUGGAGGAAUUUCAGAACAGUGACGGAGAAGUGAAGUACCUGCGCGAUGCAGAAGAGCUCAUCCGCCCGGAGAGGAACACUUUGCUGGUGAGCUUCACGGAUCUGGAGCAGUUCAACCAGGAGCUCGCCACGACCAUCCAGGAGGAGUUUUACAGGGUGUAUCCCUAUUUGUGUCGUGCUGUGCGCAAUUUUGCGAGGGAUCAUGGGAACGUCCCAGUCAGCAAGGAGUUCUAUGUGGCAAUCCAGGAUGUCCCAUCAAGACACAAGAUCCGGGAGCUUACCACCGUACGAAUCGGUAGCCUGGUGCGGAUCAGCGGUCAGGUGGUGCGGACUCACCCAGUGCAUCCCGAGCUGGUGAGCGGAACUUUCCUGUGUCUGGACUGUCAGACGCUGCUACGCGACGUAGAGCAGCAGUUUAAGUACACCCAGCCCAGCAUCUGCAGGAACCCCGUCUGCAACAACCGCAGGCGCUUCAUGCUCGACACCAACAAGUCCAAGUUCAUCGACUUCCAGAAGGUCCGUAUCCAGGAGACUCAGGCGGAGCUGCCGCGAGGCUCCAUUCCCCGCAGUCUGGAAGUUGUGCUGCGGGCGGAGGCUGUGGAGUCCGCCCAGGCCGGGGACAAGUGCGACUUUGUGGGCUCCCUAAUCGUCGUGCCAGACGUUUCCCAGCUAGCUACCCCAGGGGUUCGGGCAGAGACCAGCUCCCGCACAGCUGGUACACAGGGCUACGAGAACGAGGGAGUGCGUGGGCUGAAAGCCCUGGGAGUCCGAGAUCUCUCCUACAAGCUGGCCUUCUUAGCUUGUCAUGUGGCACCCACAAACCCCAGGUUCGGAGGUAAAGAGAUCCGUGAUGAGGAGCAGACCGCAGAAAGCAUUAAGAACCAGAUGUCGGUGAAGGAGUGGGAGAAGGUGUUUGAGAUGAGCCAGGACAAAAAUCUCUACCACAACCUCUGCAGUAGCCUGUUCCCCACCAUCCACGGAAAUGACGAGGUGAAGAGAGGAAUCCUCCUGAUGCUGUUUGGAGGGGUCCCCAAGACCACAAUGGAAGGGACAUCACUUCGGGGUGAUGUCAAUGUGUGUAUUGUGGGAGACCCCAGUACAGCUAAGAGCCAGUUCCUCAAGCACGUGGAGGAAUUCAGCCCGCGUGCGGUCUACACCAGCGGGAAAGCAUCCAGUGCAGCCGGUCUGACUGCCGCUGUGGUGAGGGACGAAGAAUCGCACGAGUUUGUCAUCGAGGCAGGGGCCCUCAUGCUGGCUGACAACGGCGUCUGCUGCAUAGAUGAGUUUGAUAAGAUGGAGAUGAGGGACCAGGUGGCCAUCCAUGAAGCCAUGGAGCAGCAGACUAUCUCCAUCACUAAAGCGGGGGUCAAGGCCACUUUAAACGCCAGGACCUCUAUCCUGGCUGCCGCUAACCCCGUGGGUGGGCGCUACGACCGGUCUAAGUCUCUCAAACAGAACGUCAACUUGACCGCUCCCAUCAUGUCCAGAUUCGACCUCUUCUUCAUCCUGGUGGACGACUGCAAUGAGGUCACAGAUUACGCCAUCGCCAGACGUAUAGUCGACCUUCAUUCCAGAAUUCAAGAGUCAAUUGACAGGCUUUACACCCUGGAUGAAAUUCGGAGAUACCUCCUCUUUGCCAGGCAGUUCAAACCGAAGAUAUCUAAGGAGUCUGAGGACUUCAUCGUGGAGCAGUACAAGAGGCUGCGUCAGAGAGACGGGUCCGGCAUCACCAAGUCUGCCUGGAGGAUCACCGUGAGGCAGCUGGAGAGCAUGAUCCGCCUGUCGGAGGGCAUGGCUCGAAUGCACUGCUGCGACGAGGUCCAGCCUAAGCAUGUGAAGGAAGCGUUCCGCUUGCUGAACAAGUCCAUUAUCCGCGUGGAGACGCCCGACGUCAACCUGGAGCCGGACGAUGAGCAGCAGGAAGAGGAGGAUGAGGCCGCGGAAGUGAAUGGGCACGAUGUACCCAACGGCGUGAACGGACACGUCAACGGGCACGCUGAGAACGGAGAGGGCGCUGCCUCUGCCACCGCUACACCCUCUCUGAGGCUGUCAUUCGCGGAGUACCGCCGCAUCUCCAACCUCAUCGUCCUGCACCUCCGUAAGGCGGAGGAAGAUGAUGAUGAGGCUUCCCUGAAGAAAAGUGCAGUGAUAAACUGGUAUCUGAAGGAAGUUGAAUCUGAAAUAGACUCUGAGGUGGAGCUCAUUAACAAGAAGACUGUCAUUGAAAAGGUCAUCCACAGACUGGUAUAUUAUGACCACAUUCUUAUCGAACUGACACAGACUGGACUUAAAGGGUCUUCAGAAGCGGCUGAUUCCAAGUCGCAAGAAGAGGCAGUGAUGCUGGUUGUUAACCCUAAUUAUACACUCGAAGACUAGACAUCCUCCCCAUCCAACAAUAUAUUUUGACUUAAAACCAUGAAAUGUGGCAAUGCCCUUUAAAAUAUUGCUCAAUCGUGUAAAGGUUUUUGAAUCUUUAAGCAUGCUUUUUCCAUUACUGCUAGUGCGUAGUAUAGGGUGAAGUUCUUAAUUCUAAUGUUUUAUGUUUUUAAGUUUGUUACAUAUGUUACUUUAAUUUCUACAAUGCAUUUGUUUUUAUAUUGUGAAGAAUGGUUCUUUAUGAUUUUAUAUUUCUGGUUUCUUUUUAGCUCUGGAAUAGCUAAUAGUUGAUUUGAUAAUGAUGUUUUAAAAAGGAAAAUGUUAACUGUCCAUUUUUACAUGGUAUGCAUGGUUCACAUUUUUGUUUGUGAUAUUGUUCAGAGAGGCCAGAUUCCACAGACAUGGUUGUUUGUAGUAACAUUCCUUUAUCCUUUUCCUGAAGAAAUGAACAUGCCCUUGUUUUGCUGGUCAUGUUAAAUUUAGAUUUCUGUACAUACCUUGUUAUCAAGACAAAUAAAUAUCUGUUUCCUUA